AUGACGCGCGCGUCCGUCUCCGUCGCGCGCUGCACCCCGCGCGUCUUCCUCCGCGGACGACGAUCGAUGACGUCUCCUCGCUCCACCGCGCGCGCGCGCAUCGCGCGCCGCGUCCUCGCGCACGGGAAUCGCGCGCGCGGGAAUCGCGUCGACGCCGUCAUCGACCCCGACGACGUCGACGGCGUGCCCUACGAAGCCCCGUCGAAGCAGCCUUCAGACGACCUGAGAGGCACGGGCGUCGUUCUCCCUCCGAUCACGUGGGCGAGCGACGCGUGGCGCUGGGGCAGCGCGAUCGGGGACGCGCACGACGCCGCGGCGGUGGUCCGCGCGGCGUUGAACGCGAGCGAGGACGCGCGGAAGCGAUGGCUCGUGUCGAUGAUCUCGACCUCGCCGCUCCCGGAGCAAAACUACGUCCCGUGGGAGGAGUGCAAGCUGGUGCUCGCUCUGUCUUGGCAGCUCAGCGGGCACCGCGGCGCGCACGCGUGCGCGAACGGCGCGGGGUCGUGGCUGGACGUCAUGGAGAACUUGCGAAGAGGGUACUACGAGGAGAAUAAUUCCGUCGGCGGCGACGUCGUGUUGGCGCGCGACAUGGGCGAGCGGCUGAGCGAAGCGGGGCGCGGGCUGAUCGUCGACGCGAGACGGGCCGCGAGCGAGGCGACGAACGGGGACGAGGUGUGGACGCACGACGCGGUGCGACGCGCGACGGCGGCGGCGGUGUUGCUCGAGCUGGAGUUUCUGGAGGUUGGGAUUUAG